GAGCAGCAGAGGCGACGUCGCUCGAGGUGGCUGAAGCACCGCCACCGCCGGCCGCGCCCGUCUCGGGAUGGCCAGCGCAGUCAGCCACGGAGCAGGGGACCACGGGCAACUGGCGGCCGAACGACAUGCAGGGCCCACAGCCGUGGCAAGGCUUCGAGAGGCUCGACGUCUGGCUCGUGCAGGUAAGGAGAUGGAGCAGACGCACAGGGCUGCCGGCAGAGCAGCAGGCGGGCAAGGUCAUAGACGGUCUGCCUCCAGACUUGCAGGAACGCCUCCUGCACUGCCAAGACGAGCUCGACGGUCCGUCGGGCAUGGAAGCGCUCUACGCAUUCUUGAAGAGGUGCAGGGGCGACCAGGACGAUGACGAAGCAAAGGAGGCAUACAGGCUAGUGCUCGAGGAUACGGAGAUCCGCUCGGGGGAGACGUACACACAGUACGUGAUGAGGCGGGAUCUCCAAGUACGGACAGCUCGACGGCGCGGUCUGGUCUUACCGGAGAAGGUUCAAGUGCAGCAGUUGAAGAACGGAUCAGGGCUGACAGAGCAGAACAUGAUAAACCUUCUGUCAAUCACUCAAGGGAAGGAGGACCUGGAGUCGAUCAAACGUGGGCUGAUGAAGAUGGAUGUUCGGAAGAAAGGGUCGCAAGCAAGAAAGCAGAAGGUGUACGCCGUGGAUCAGAGUGACGACGAGGACGAGAGCGCCGAUGCCGUCACCUACUACGAGCUCGAGCAGGACAUCAUCAUGGACGACGCCGACGCGGCGGCCUUCUACGAGGCAAUCGAGAGCCAGGAGCUAGACGAAGAUCAAGCAGUGGCCGUGCUGGCCGCAGUUCUAGAUGAGAAGCGAGCGACCUCAGGCAAGCCUCGAAAGUGGGCCGAGAGCAGAGAGCUGAAGAAGGCGAUCGCGAGAGACCGGGACUUCUUCGACAGCAAGCGCAGUGGUGGCAAGCCGGCUCCAAGGCCGGGAACAGGGCGCCAGCGGCUGAGUGUCAGCCAGCUGGAGCUCAGGACGAGAUGCGCCAACUGCGGCCAGAAGGGACACUGGCGAAAGGAGUGCACCAACCCGUACAAGCCGAGGCCGACGACGACGGGAUCCACGCAGAAGGAGCCACCUCGUCCCAAGAAAGAUGGCGACCGUUCAUACUACCUGGCGGCGGCCACCGAGGGCGACGGCGACUUCGGCUCCUUCAUCGUGGGUGGCCAUCGGAUUCUCGAGCUGUGCCGAAGCGUGCGGGGAGACGACGAGGCCUACGCGUUCGAGAUGCACCCGCAGGAUGAGCCCGAGGGCAUGGUGGACACGGCAGCUGGACAGGCACUGGUAGGGAAAAAGCAGCUGACGACCCUGAUCGACAAGUACCGUGAGCGAGGCUGGAACAUUCCCUUCCGCGAGGUGAAGCACGUGGGGACCGCGAAGGGGGUCGGAGGAAGCUCGAAGGUAAUCGGCGAGGCCAUGGUGCCAGUGACGAAGGGCGGCAUCAGGUGCCUGAUCCUGUUCAAGGUCAUCGCCGAGGACGUGCCCCUGCUGCUCCCAGCGCGCUGGCUGGAGAGCCUAGGCGCCGUCGUGGACCUCGAGAAGGACACCCUCGCCGUGAGCAUGGCCGGCCGCCGCGCGGUCAUCCCCGUGAAUCGGCAGCGGUCCGGACACAGGACCAUAGGACUUUUGGACGAGAGCAGUCCGCAGGAAUUCGAGAUUCCAGCGGGCGCUCAGCUGGACUGGCCAGGCCAACAGGAGUCGAAGUGUUCCGAGGAGAUUCCGAUUCCAGGAGCCAGGAGGUACCACGAGCUGAGACUGAGGUCGCUGCAGGGUGCUCCUGGCUCGGGACGGUCGAGCAGUCUGGUGAGGAAGGACAGCAGGAAGGAGAGGAAGCCCAGCACACCGCGCCAGUCGGUCCGGUUCGAGGAAAAGAUGGACACGAACAGCCAGGCGUCCUGGGAGCAGAUUGGCGAAGAGGACGAGUCGGACUCGCCGACCGGCCUGCUCGGGGAGAUGUCGUGGCCAGAGUCGACCAAGGCCGCCGGUCAGCUGACGAUAGCCGAGAAGGGAUGGAAACGCAUGGUGGUUCAGUUGGCCGAUCACAUCGCAGCCGAGAAGAUGACAAACAUGAUGCAGGAGAUUCGAGCAGAGCAAGUGACCAAGACGGAGCAGCUGGAGUGCAGCCACCCGACCUCCGCGCUCUUCGAGACGGAGAACCAGUACAGCAGGUGGGCCAAGUGCCUGGCGUGCGACAAGAAGCUGUGGAUGCGCCCGCUGACGAAGGAGGAGCGACGAGCCCAGCUGCAGCGCAAGGCCGAGAAGCAGGCCAGGAAGGAGGCGCGGCAGACCAUGGAGCGGGAGCUGGCGCAGGAGGUGCCCUUCGAGCCGCCCAAGAGGGUUCACAAGGUCAAGCCACCGUCGACGAGGGCGGCCACGCCAUCGGCAUCAUCCGGUUCGGGCGCCAUGACGGAGCUGGGACAGCUGGCCAGCGCCAUGCAGGCCAACACCGAGACGCUGGGCAAGAUGGCGACGGCGAUCGAGCGCCUGGUACAGACUCUCAUUGCGGAGGCCCCGAGCGACAGCCUGAAGGUGGAGAUCUGGGUCACCCCGCCGCCGGGAUUGACCGGGGUGACCACCAACGUCCCUCCGCCCGGAUCGACUGGAGCGACGACCAACGUCCCUCCGCCCGGACCGACAGGGAGGACUCCAGCCCAGGAGAGGGAGAAGCACCCCGGAUCCGAGGAUGUCGACGGUUCGCCCUUUGGGGGGAUCCUCACCUUGGGAUCUGGACUGCCAGUCCCGGGUCCAGAGCUCGAGGAGCUCACGUGCCACGUUCCCAGGGAAGUUCGGGAUGCCGUUCUGACCGUGACCGGGGGGAAAACCGUCAGGAAGCAGAAGCGUCAUCGGAAACGUUUGAUCCAGGACUAUCUGGCCGAGUCAGGUCGGAAGCUCGCGAUGGAACUUUUCUCGGUCCGUCGCACGACUGCCGACUUGAAGGAUCGGGGCUAUCCAGUGUCUCGCAGCCUCGAUCUUCGCACAGGCUACGACCUGUCGACCGACGCUGGAGAGCGAACGGCGUGGGCCCUGCUGGAGACCGAUCAGCCUGAGAUAGUGGUCAUGUCUCCAGAGUGCCUGCCGUUCUCGAUA